AAAUCAUCUGACGGUGAAGGAUUUGUCCACUAAAGAAGCUUCUCGUGUGCGUUACAUUCUUUUCCGGGAGCGCAGAUCAACUCGCAGCCCGGACAUAUACACGUACAGCUGGAUAUAGAGCUGGCGCAGCCGCGCAAAGGGAUAACGACAAUAGUGUUCACUGUUGACACAUGCGAGGACAGCGGGGGGGAGGACAACUUCAACGCCUUUCAACUUUUUUAUCCUUUGUUUUUGGAGACAUCCUUGUGUUUAAAAUUAAAGAAGCAUUAACAACCAAAACGGGGCGACUUGACGCAUCCGCGCAAAGUUAUGAGGAAUCAGGACUUUAUGACCAAAGUCUGCAGAAAGUAAGAAAACACUACGUAAGAAAAGUGUCUACGGCCGUUUUGAUUGAGUAAUGCCUCGUCCCGGAAGGAACACGUACAGCGAUCAAAAACCUCCGUACUCUUACAUCUCACUGACAGCCAUGGCCAUCCAGAGCUGCCCCGAGAAGAUGCUUCCUCUCAGCGAGAUUUACAAAUUCAUCAUGAACCGAUUUCCGUACUACCGGGAGAACACGCAGCGCUGGCAGAACUCUUUGCGCCACAACCUGUCAUUCAACGACUGCUUUAUUAAAAUUGCUCGGCGCCCCGACCAGCCCGGUAAAGGCAGUUUCUGGGCUUUACACCCAAACUGCGGCGACAUGUUCGAGAACGGGAGUUUCUUGCGACGCCGGAAGCGUUUCAAGGUGGGCAGUGUGCUGUCUAUAGAUCCACUAGAGUCCAAUACACCCCAGGACCGUGCACACUACCUGCAGCAACAGCAGGCCAAGCUGGGACUCACCGCGCUGCAUACGUCUGCGUGCGCCGCGCACCUCCCACAGAUGUCGUUUGGGUACAACCGGAACUCCUCACCACAACCGUCCAGCUUCAAACACCCGUUUGCCAUCGAAAAUAUCAUCGCCACGGAGUACAAUAUGUCGUCUAUCACCGGGUUAUCACUGACCAACCAACUGGUCUCAGGCUGGUCCCACACGUACCGCCCCCGGAUGAUGGACACCGCUGCUCCAAUCUCCAUUGUAACCAGCGACUAUUCGUCUUACAGCUCAGCGUUCAAAUCAAUCUGCCACGGCGGACAUACUCUCCCUGCGAUCCCGGUGCCCAUCAAACCCAUGCCCGCUGCGGCAGUGCACGGUUUGCCCGGAUUUCCGACUCACAUUACGGCCCUUUACGCAAACUCGCCACAAACUCUGAGUCCGACUUCUCCAGCAACGGGCACCCCGGCCGCGCGGGGGGAGACGCUGCCCUCCUUGGCUGCGCUGAAAUCCACCGUGGCGGUGCACUGAGUGUGGAAUUUAUGAUAAAAAAAAAAAAUUAUUGUCGUUAUUA